UUAAUUUAAUUUAAUUUAAUUUUAUAACAGUGGAGGAAAUUAAUGUUGUACUAAGUUAAAGUUUAUUUUUGUAAAUUUAUUCAUUUUAAAAAAUCACUGUCAAAUCACAUUUUAAAAAGUCAUGUAGCCAAAAUAUUUUUUUUUUUUAUGAAAAGUAACGCAAUACCAACAGUAUUAUGUCGUUUUUUAUAUGUACUCGUUAUUUAUUAAUUAACUACGUAUUACGUAAUAAAUAUAAAUAAUAAAAUCUCAAAAUGGGUAAUUUUGGUGGAGAUGUGGAUCUCAAAGAUGUUUUUGUAGACGAUAUAUUUGACACUACCUCCCUAUUAGAAGAUUUCGAAAAUACCACUUUUAAAGAUUCUUCUAUAUCUAAAGACAUCAGGGGAAAUAUUAAUAAAUCAAAUAUUAACUAUGAUUUAAAUGUAAGUGCAUUAUGCUGCGAUGAAGAAUUAAGUGGAUAUGACAAAAUAACUGGGGGAACAUGGAUAUAUCCAACCAAUUAUCCAGUCAGAGACUACCAAUUCAAUAUUAUAAAAGCUUCAAUAUUAAAAAAUACACUUGUAAGUCUUCCAACUGGUCUUGGAAAGACAUUUAUAGCUGCAGUAAUUAUGUAUAACUUUUACCGCUGGUAUCCUCUUGGUAAAAUAGUAUUCACUGCUCCUACCCGUCCUCUUGUCGCUCAACAGAUUGAAGCUUGUUAUAACAUUAUUGCUAUACCACCAAAAGAUACUAUUGAGAUGACUGGCCACAUGCAAGUAAAUAUACGAAAAGCGCACUGGAUGUCUAAAAGAGUGUUUUUUGCAACACCACAAGUGAUAUAUAACGAUAUAAAGUCUGGUAUAUGUCCUGGCGAUCAGAUACGUUGUUUAGUGAUAGACGAGGCGCACAGAGCGCGUGGCAACUACGCUUACUGCCAGAUAGUCUCUACAUUGACUGAUAUGGGACAUAAGAUUUAUAGAAUUUUAGCCCUGUCAGCCACUCCGGGAAGUAAAGUCGAGGAUGUUGUUACUGUAGUCAAGAAUCUACAUAUAGCCCAUUUGGAAUUACGUACAGAUAAUUGUAUAGACGUCGCACCAUAUAGUCAUUCGAGAAAGAUUAGUACUGUAGUAGUACAGUUAGGUCCGGAACUCACACAGUUACGGCAGCAGUAUGUUGAAAUUCUUGACGGAUAUGCGAGAAGAUUGAAACAAUUGAAUAUUUUACAACAAAAUGUUGGCAAUUUAUCGAAAGGUCGUAUUGUAAUGUUGUACAAAGAGUACCAAUGCAAAGAAAGAGGCGCGCGACAUCCGCAACACAAGUACAUAAUGAAAGACUUCACUAUGCUGAUAGCUCUGUACCACGGGCUGGAGUUGCUGGUGAAGCACGGCUCCAGGGUCUUCCUCAACUUCUUUGAUGAGCAUCCGGAGAAGAGCUGGAUACAAUCCGAUGAUCGCCUCACAGCACUGCUGGAGACACUGCGAGAAGACCUUGGCGUCAACCCGUUGACCUUGAAUAGGAGUAUGUUACCUGAUGGUACUAUACCUGAGAUGCCGAAGGAUUUGUGCUUCGGACAUCCAAAGUUUUAUAAGCUUAAAGAAAUAAUGGUGGAACAUUUCCAAAAAGCGAAGAAAGACGGGAGAGAAACAAAAGCAAUAGUGUUCUGCGAGUACCGCGAGAGCGUGAGCCUGGUGCAGUGCGUGCUGCUGCAGUGCCGGCCGCUCAUCCUGCCCACCAUGUUCGUGGGGCAGGGCGCCAGGGGCAGAGAGGGCGCGGUGUCGCAGCCGCAGCAGCUGCGGGCGCUGCGCGGCUUCCGCGCCGGCGACACCAACGUGCUGGUGGCCACGUGCGUGGCGGAGGAGGGGCUGGACGUCGGCAGUGUCGACCUCAUCCUCUGCUUCGACAUCUCCACGCGCUCGCCCAUACGACUCGUACAGAGAUGUGGUCGCACGGGCCGAGAGCGCGGCGGACAAGUGUUCAUCUUGGUCACUGAAGGAAGGGAGCAUCAGACGUUAUUGGACUGUAUGCGUCAAAGAGAUGGACUUAAUAAGAAAAUUCUACAAUCCAAAGAAGUUGAAAAUAAUUUAUAUAAAUUGAAUCCAAGAAUGAUACCGCACGACUUCACACCGGAGUGUCAGAAAAUGUUUAUAACGGUUGCACAGAAAUCUGAUACUAAAGGUAAAACUACAAGAAAGAAUAAAAAGGGUCAAAAAGAUUUAAGAAACAUGUUCAUUGGAAAACCAUCGACAAGUUCUAAUUCAAUAGAUAAUGAAAAUAAUUUAAUAAAAGAGCCGGAGUUUAAAGAAAUAAUUCCAACUGGAUUUCCUCCAUUUCGGAGAAGUUUACAAGAAACUUUUAAAUCUGGUCACUCGAGAGACACGGAGCCAUUUGUUGAUCUACAGUACUGUGAUACCAAGAAAUCUGAAUUAACAACUAGCCAAUAUCCAGGCAUUACCUUGGACUUCAAAACACAAAAGCCACAGACGCCCACAAAAGAAAAAAAUAUUAAGAAAAAAAACAAAAAAACUCCAUCAAAAUCACCGCAUAAAAAAGAUGGGGAUAUACGAGCAUUGUUCAGUGGUUCAACUAAAUCAACAACAAGUUAUACGAAACUAUUAAAAGAUUUAGGUCUUCAAGAUGGAGGGAAAAUGCCCAUGAAUUUAAUGAACUUACUUAUUGAUCUUAACUUAGAGAGUAAAAAUAAUACAAAAAAAUGUCACAUUUGUCUCAACUUGUGUAACUGUUCCGUAUUAAAUCAGAUAAGAAAUACUAGAAAAAGAACUAAAAAACCAUUAGAUCUUAAUAAUUUACAUUUACCGGAUCUUAAACUGCUAGAAUUUGUUAAUAGUGAAAACAUCGUAAAUUCAAAGGAUUCAUUUACAGCUAAUGAAAAUUUUGACAUCGGUAAUAUUGAAGAUAUUUUCGCUGAUAGUCCAGAAAUAGAGGACAUACAAAAUAAUAACAUUAAUGAAAAAAUUGCUAACCCAAAAGAAACUUUGGAAUUCUUUGGUUUAGAUAGCAUAGAAGAUAUUUUCGCUGAUUAUGAAGAUAGUUCAGAAAAAUUACAAGAAGACAUAGAAACAGUUGAACAUAGAUUGUCUCCUAUUUUACUGUCUCGCCCAAUACAACCAUCUAGUCCUUCAAUUUUGUCAGGACAGACAGAAAGACCGACAUCACCAAUAUUAUGCAGUCAAUUUAAAACUCAAACAAGCACAAAGAAAACAAUACGAGAUAAUUCUACUCCUAUCAAUACUAAAAUACCAAAUAUAAAUGCUAAUGAUACAGUUAUCGAGCAAAGUAAAGAUAUUGGAGUAACUCCAAAUUAUUUGUCAAAUGUCGGUAACAAAAGUAUGUUCACAGUAACACAACUCGUUGAAAUGAUUAACAAAACUUGUGAUGCUUCUACAAAUAAUAUUAUAAACGAAUCAAAUCAUAACAGAAAUAAAAGGAACUCAUCACCUAUAUUAACACAAGAUAAUAGAAAUAGAUUAUCAAAUAUAUCUAUGAAUGAAGUAAAGAAAAUUGAUUCAAUCGCAACUCAAUACAAUAAAACCCAAUCUCUCAUUAUUCUUGAUAGUGACAGUGAUUCAGAUGAAAAUACACAAGAAUAUAUAAAUAAUGAUGUUUUAAAAGAAUUUAUGAAAACGGAUGAGAAAGAAAUUGAAGACAUAAAUAGUGAAACAAAUGUAAAUCUGUUAGAUAACGAUUCUAUAAGUUCAUCGCCAUAUUUUAAGAAACCAAAAUCAGGCAAAAAUGUACAGAGCCAAUUGACGUUACAAGAAAAGGUGUUGGCGGCUUUGACUUCGAAUAAAAUCAAUUUUCCUAAAUCAGAUAAUAGCAAUAACAUCUAUUGUGCCGUAUCAAUUCCGUCUCCGGGGAAUGAGAAUUUCAAAAUAUUUUCACCUAAAAAGUAUAGUGAUGAAAGUAAAAUUAAUAGGAUAGAAGAGUUACAAAAGUUUAGACGCGACACAAAAACCUCAGAACGUAAAGAUGUAAAAAACGAUAAUAAAUCAAGAUUGAGUUCUAAAAGGAAAUUAAUUUUCAGUGAUAGUGAUGAUGAUUUUAUAGAUCCAGUCGAUUAUUUCAACAAAUCUAAUAGCAAACUGAAUACAACUAGCAAUAUAAAAAAUCAUAAAGCACGUAAAAAGAAAAGAAGGAAGAAUGAGUUCUUGGAUGAAGAAGCUGUAUUGUCAGGGAGCGGCGAGGGGAGCGGCGACGAACUGACAGACGACAGUAUCGGCAGUGUUAUUGAUUUUAUUUGCGACGAGAGCACGACACAGAAUGAAGAGGAUGUACAUGCUUUUUAUCUCAAAUCAAUCAAGAGUCCAGUGAAGGCGGGUGCAUUUAAAAUACCACAGUUACCAAAGAAAUUUGAUAAAGCUGAGAUAUUAUCGCAAUUUGACGAAGAAGAUGCUUAUGAAGCGGAUAGUUUUUGUGUCGAGUCGCAAGUUGGAUUAACUCAGACCACUGUGGAAUCUGAAUUAGAAAUAGCGGAGAGGCUUUUGGAAGAAAGAAGGAGAAAGAAGAGAAAUGGCUCCCGAAAGAAACUAGAAAAGAAAUCAAAGAUAGAAGAUAGUACGGAGAGUCCUGUUGUCAAAAGGAAGAACAAAAAUGUUAGGAGAAUACAAAGUGACUCUGAUAGCAGCUAACGAAUUCCACUGCUAAAAACAGAAAUAUUCACAUGUUGUCUCUUUUUCUCUUUUUAUAAAACUUGAGACACCAACAUUGUUUCGAUAGCAAAAUAACCGUCUCAUCGCAGGUAGAAGCGAUACAUUGAACACUUAAAUAUUCUAUAUCUCGUACAUUCAUGGAAUUAUAUCAUAGCAAAGUACUAUUUUCUACUAUUGUUUGUGUAUUACAUUUGUCCAUAGUUUUGAUUCUGAUCAUUAAUGGAUAUCAUGAAAGUUAAUAGAUCUCUCAGUAAAUAUUUUAGAUGUUUAAAAUUGCUGCUAACCUAUUUUAUGUGAUUUUCACCGACUGUUAGUUUUAUAACGUGAUUUUUUUGCAAUAACUAAAAAUAAAAACUAUUGCAACAUAUGUUGCUCGUUUUACAAUUCAUAUUUGCGAAAAAAUUGUAAAGUUAAUAUUUUUAGCUAUUUUCUUAACCAAUGCAUAUGUUGAUUUAAGUAUCCAAAUGGAUUGAAGUAUAUAUCUGUGAUAUUGCAUUUGGUAUAAGAUUAUCACUAAGUAUGAAAUAGGCAAGAUAUUUCCAUUUAGUUUUAAAACUUUUGUAUAAUGUAGUUUAUUUAUUUUCACUGGCGCGGCCAUCACUGUUGCUGGAAGAGUCGCGCGGUUUGAAGUUCAGUGAAAAUAGGCUUAUGUAAAUAGCCACAUUGUUUCUGGCUAAAACCGUUAAUUAAAUCAUGUAAAAAUAUAAAAAAAAACAACCUUGUUACUGUCUUUUAUUUAUUUAUUUUAACGUCUCAAAGCCUUCAAACUUUCAUAGUAUACGGUAAUUAUAAAAAUACGCAAUCUAUUUUAAAUUAUAUUGCUUUAGUUUACCAUUGCUGUGUUUUAAGGCAAAAUCCAUUUUUCGUUUAAAAUCUAUUGUACUCUUUUACAAUUAUUUAACAUUAAAUUGCUUAAAGUCAACAUAGUUAGCUUUCAGUAAACAAGAAAACAAGGCAAUUUGCAUUUAAUUUUUUACUCUAAUUUGUAUAUACCGUAAGUAACCUAACUUAACAGGAAAUGAUCAGUAAACCACUUUGAAUAUUCGUACAUCGCUUAUUAAAAAAUAAGGUCCUUAGUAACGUCUAUACAAUAAACAUAACACAAGGGAGACACCUACUCGAAAACAUUAGUGAAUUAAAAAAGUACUAUUUACCGAUAAAUUAUGUCCUGUUGUGUAUAAUUGACACUAAAUUAUAAUAGGUCACUUUUAGAGCUGGCGCACACCUUUGACUAAACUAUCGCACAACUAUUGUCGAUUGUUUCGCAGACAAUUCAACAAUCAAUUUAGUUGAACUAAAAAUCGAGUAGUGUGCGCAUCUCCAUAUAAGCUCAUAGGAAUCAAAGCGAGACUAAUCAGUUGUGCGAUAGUUUCAAAGGUGUGUUAGCACCCUUAUGCAAUCUAUACCAAUGUAGGUUUUACAUAUUUUCUUACAGAACCGACCGAAUAUUUAUACAAAUUAUUUAAUCUAGUGGUCAUAAGUAAACUAAAUUAUAGUAUCUUAUUAACGACAUAUCGAUAUUAAGGAGUCAAAUUGUACUGUAACCAAAUAAAAUAUAAUGUUCGUAAGAUACGGGAUUUUUACCACGAUUGGUUUGUUUUAGCUCCCGAUAUAUAGGCACAGUUGUAUGCGCCAUGUUCACGGACUGACUAAAAUAUCGGAGCUAAAAACCCAAUCGUGGUAAGAAACCCGUAUCUUACGAACAUUAUAUUUGUAAAAACGACAGUUUACAGUUAUAUAUAACUAAAUAAAAAUCCGUAAUGACAUGUCCUUUAAGGUUGUAGGACCAAAAACACUUUUUUAAAAUCAUUAAUUAUUUAUGUG